GACACAGGAAUCUGAAAUCUAAUCUGUUGAGGCAGUUAGAGGUCUACCUUGUUCCUCUUAUCUUUCUAAAAAGCACAUACUCAGUGUUUUUUUUUUUUUUUUUGGUCUCAGUAAAGCUUUUGCUGUAAUUUCAAAAGCUUUUCUUCUUCAAUGGCUUUACUGCAAAAAUUCUUACUCAAUGGAAUUAGCUACAAUUCAGUCUUGAAAACCAAGAAGAAUAACAUUUAUAGAGAAAGAAAAACAUGUUGUUCAGCUAUAGUAAUCGAUUCGCCAUCAUCUUUAACUGGUGUUUCAGGUAUUAGAUGGGGAUCGAGUCGAUUGCAAGGUCCACGAGAAGAAAUGGAAGAUGACAUCGUUCUCCGGUCAGAUGAUUUGAAUGGGUUCUCUUUUGCAGCUGUUUUUGACGGUCAUGCAGGAUUUUCUUCCGUCGAAUUCCUCCGAGACGAGCUAUACAAAGAAUGUGUGAAAGCUUUACAAGGUGGGUUGCUUUUAUGUGCAAAAGAUCUCAACCCUGCAAAACAAGCGUUGCAAGAAGCAUUCGUCAACGCGGAUACGAAAUUGUUGAAAUGGCUUGAUGCGAAAGGAGAAGAUGAGGAAUCUGGCGCGACGGCAACAGUUGUAUUUGUUGGAAACGACAUGUUAAUCAUUUCGCACAUUGGUGACUCAUGCGUGGUUCUCUCACGAGCUGGCAAAACAGAAAUAGUGACUAAUCCUCAUCGACCUUACGGAAGCAACAAAGUUUCUCUUCAAGAGAUAAGAAGGAUCAGAGAAGCAGGUGGAUGGAUAACCGAUGGAAGGAUUUGCGGCGACAUCUCUGUUUCUCGUGCUUUUGGUGAUACACGUUUCAAGACAAAGAAGAAUGAGAUGUUAGAGAAAGGUGUUGAAGAGGGUAGAUGGACAAAAAAGUUUAUAUCUCGAGUACAAUUUAAGGAUGAUCUAGUCAUUGCUUCACCAGAUAUCUAUAAUGUAAAUCUUGGCUCAGAUGCAGAAUUUUUGUUGUUAGCAUCAGACGGCUUAUGGGAUUACAUGAAGAGCUCGGACGCAGUAAACUUUGUUAGGAAUCAACUACGGGAACAUGGAAACGUUCAGUUAGCUUGCGAAGCACUUGCACAGUUAGCUCUGGACCGACGCUCACAGGAUAAUGUUAGCAUUGUAAUAGCUGAUUUUGGGAAGACAGAUUGGAGUAGUUUGCCAGCCGAACAACAAAAUGUCGUACUUGAAUUUAGCCAAGCUUUUGCAACUCUUGCAAUGGUUUCCCUUGGAAUAUGGAUGACAUCGUUGCUUUCCUCUUAGAUUUCUACACUAAUUCCUGGGCGCUGAGAUGUAAUGAGCAUGAGGAAUCUACCAGCGUCUGCACAUGUAUAGAAUCUCAGCAUAGCACCAUAACAAUGCAACAAAGGAGAUGCAUGUAUAUGGUUUGAUCUGGCUAGUAAUUGGUCGGGUCAUUGGCCAAUCGAACCAGCUGUCGUGUACAAAAGAAGAUCAGAAGCACUAUAGGACUAAAUCCUCCAUAGGAUUAUCCAUGAAUGGAUAUCAAUAGAGCUCAGAAAAGGGUGUUAUGAUUCAAAAUGUGAACCAUUGAAAGAAAGAAAAGUUAUUUCAAAUAAACAUUAGAAAACCAUGGUGAUAUGAUAUCUUUGUUAUCAUGAACAGCACAACAGUCAUUAAUGCUUUUUA